ACUUUUUGAACUGUACGCAAGAUCCGGAAGUAGAGCUCCUAGUAGCGGAAGCAGAUUUCCCAGCCCGGAAGCGAAUGCGAAGGAAACAUGGCGUCGGCAGUUCUUGCGCUGAGGACAAGGACAGCAGCCCUGUUGAGCCCCGAGGCAGCUCCAGCUCUUGCCGUCAGAUAUGCAUCCAAGAAGACAGGCGGCAGCUCGAAGAACCUUGGUGGGAAAUCGCGAGGCAAACACUAUGGCAUCAAGAAAAUGGAAGGUCACUAUGUUCAUGCUGGUAACAUCCUUGGCACUCAGCGUCAGUUUCGAUGGCACCCAGGCGCCCAUGUGGGACUUGGGAAGAACAAGUGCCUCUAUGCCCUGGAGGAGGGGAUAGUCCGCUACACGAAAGAGGUCUACGUGCCCAAUCCCAAAAACUCGGAGGCUGUGGAUCUGGUCACCAGUCUGCCCAAGGGUGCUGUGCUCUACAAGACUUUCGUCCACGUGGUUCCUGCCAAACCUGAGGGAACCUUCAAACUGGUAGCCAUGCUUUGAAGUCCUUCUGACUGGAUGGAGCCUGGAGCCCAGGUCACAGGAACAUGUGAUAGCAGAAGUCAAGGGUCAGGGUGAGGGCAAGGUCCCCACAGAACAGGCCUGUGGAUGGUGACUCUGCAGGAGCCUUUGUGCUGUGACUGCUGGAAACCCUUCGGUAGCUCCGACAGGAGCAUCAAUAAAGCCAGCUGGAGUCCUGCA